GAGGUCUGAUGAUGGGAUGGAUGUGAACAUGGGCCAGUGGGCCAGCAUGCGCCUGCUUCGCCUGGCCCUCCCCCUCCUCCUCCUCCUGCUGCUCCCUCCGGGGCGCUGCCAGGACCCCCCGGGCCCCCCUGACCCACAGGGGCGCCUCCUCUUCACGCUGCCCCUCUACCAUGCCACCGUUCACGAGAACUCCGCCGCCCGCACCUACGCCAGCAGCCGGGUCCGCAUGGGCGUCCGCCUGGCGCUACGCUCCUGGGAAGUCCGCUACCGGAUCACCUCCGGGGACGACGAGGGCUUCUUCAAGGCGGAGGAGUAUGUGCUUGGGGACUUCUGCUUCCUGCGCAUACGGACAAAAGGCGGGAACGCGGCCGUCUUGAACAGGGAGAUCCAGGACAGCUACGUGCUGAUGGUGAAAGCGUCCGUCAAGGGGGAGGUUUUGGAGACCUGGACUAAAGUCAUCAUCCAGGUGCUGGACAUGAACGAUCUCCGACCCCUGUUCUCCCCCACUACCUACUCUGUCACCGUGGCGGAGAGUGCCCCCCUCAGGACGAGCAUCGCCCAGGUCACAGCCACAGAUGCCGACGUUGGGUCCAAUGGGGAAUUCUACUACUUCUUCAAGGACAAGAUGGAGCUGUUCGCGGUGCACCCCACCAGCGGUGUGGUGUCGCUCAGCGGCCGUCUGAACGUGGAGGAGCAGAGCCGCUACGACCUGGAGAUCCAGGCGGUGGACCGCGGAAUGAAGCUGUACGGGAACAACGGAGUAAGCAGCACCGCCAAGCUGCUGGUGCACGUGGAGCGUCUGAACGAACACGCUCCUGUGAUCAGCGUGGUCACACAUGUGCCCUCCUGGCUGGAUAAGGACCCCGUGUUCGCAGUGGUAACCGUGGAGGACCUGGACGAGGGCUUGAAUGGAGAGAUAGAGUCGGUCACCAUCGUAGCAGGCAACCCCUUGGAGCAGUUCACUCUGGUGAGGUCGGAGGGGAACGAGUUUGCAAUAAAAGCCCCAGAGAUGGUGGACUGGGAGAGCUAUCCUCACGGCUUCAACCUCUCCCUUCAGGCCACAGACAGUGGCACCCCUCACAAGUUUUCCGCUGUCAGGGGUGUCCACAUCCUGCUCAGGAGGCCUCAGACGGUGGAGGUGAAGUUUGAGUCUGACUUUUAUGAAAUCAGCCUGAACGAGAUGUCCCCUCCAGGUAGCAUUGUAGAGGCGGUGAAGAUCACCCCCGAGCCAGACGAUGCAGAGUACGUCCUCACCCCCUCCACAUACUCCGCCUUCUUCACCAUAAACCCUCUGACCGGCGUGAUCUCCACUGCCCGCUGGUUCACCUCUGCCUCCCAGGGCCUGUUUGACCUGGAGGUGCUGGAGGUCGACAGCGAACUCAGGGUCAAAGUUAGGGUCACAAUUAAGGACGCCAACGACCACACCCCGACGUUCGCCCAGACGAUAUACGAGGUCUUUGUCAACGAGAGCGUUCCCGUGGGAACAAGCGUUCUGUCCGUGUCGGCUGUGGAUGAAGACAGUGGUGAGAAUGGAUAUAUAACCUACAGUAUAGCCAGCCUGCAGCCGCUACCUUUCAAAAUCAACCAGUUCUCUGGGAUUAUCACCACCAAGCAAGAACUAGACUUUGAGUCGUCUUCUGAGAGCUAUGUGUUUGUGGUGAGGGCUUCAGACUGGGGCUCCCCCUACAGACGGGAAAGUGAAGUCAACGUAACUAUCCGCCUGGAAAACGUGAACGACAACCAGCCCUUGUUUGAGAAGGUGGAAUGCCAGGGAGUCAUCUCUCGAGAUUUCCCCGUAGAUGAUGUGAUCACCACCAUGUCCGCCAUUGACAUAGAUGAGCUGGAGCUGGUGAAGUACAAGAUCCUGUCAGGUAACGAGGAGAGUUUCUUCCAGCUCAACCCAGACUCAGGAGUUCUGUCUCUGCUGAGAUCCCUCGCCACCGCCAGCCCCAAAAAUAACGUGUUCAGUUUGAAAAUAACUGCCACGGACGGAGAGAACUUCUCGGAUCCGAUGUUCGUCAACAUCUCCCUAGUUCAGGGGAAAUCCCCUCCGAAGAGUUUCAACUGCAGAGAGACCCGUGUCGCCCAGAAGUUAGCUGAGAAGCUUCUAAAGAAGUCCAAGGCUAGCAGCAAGCCCAAGAUGGAGGAUGGUUUUAUCGACCUGUUCUCAGUAAACCGACAGAGCCCUCAGUUUGACAAAGCCUUCCCCAUGGACAUACCAGUACGAGAGGACUUGGCGGUUGGUUCUAGUGUGUUCAAGGUAAAGGCUCACGACGGGGACACCGGCUUCAAUGGCCAGGUUCUGUAUGCUAUCUCCGACGGCAACACAGACAGUUGUUUCACCAUUGACAUGGAGACCGGCCUCAUCAGCGUGUACCUCCCCUUAGACCGCGAGAAGAGAGACCGGUACCUUCUCAACGUUACGAUCUACGACCUGGGCCUCCCUCAGAAAGCCGCCUGGCGUCUCCUGACCGUCUAUGUGGAGGACGCCAACGACAACGCUCCCCAGUUCCUGCAGGACGUCGGCUACCGUGCCGCGGUCCCAGAAAACACGCCAAUCGGCACGGAAGUCAUCCAGGUUGAGGCCACCGAUAAAGACCUGGGGCCUAACGGAGAGAUCUCCUACUCGCUCCUGACGAGCACCAGCCAGUUUGGCAUCAAUAGCAGCACCGGGAUUGUGUACGUGGCUGGGCAGCUGGACCGGGAGCUCAUCGCUUCCUUCCACCUGAAGGUUGAAGCUCGAGACAAGGCGGAGAAGGGGAACCAGAGGUUUUCCGUCACCAAUCUGAAGAUCUCUCUUGAGGACGUGAACGACUGCCCACCGGCGUUCAUCCCUAGCGUGUACAUGGCCCGUGCCCUGGAGGACCUGCCUGUGGGCACGGUGGUGGCCUGGCUGGAUACCCAGGACCCGGACCUGGGCCUGGGGGGGCAGAUCCGGUACUCCCUGGCCAACGACUACAACGGGAAGUUUGAAGUUGAUAAAAUAAGCGGAGCCAUCAGGCUGACAAAGGAGCUGGACUAUGAGACCCAGCAGUUCUACAACCUCACCGUGAGGGCCAAGGAUAGAGGCCGGCCCGUCUCCCUGCUGUCCGUCACCUCUGUGCUGCUGGAGGUGGUGGACGUGAAUGAGAACCUCUACGCUCCAUACUUCUCUCACUUCGCCCUGACAGGAACCGUGAAGGAGAGCGCGCGGAUCGGAACCACCGUGUUCCAGGUGACGGCCCGGGAUGACGACUUGGGCCGGGACGGAGAGAUACAGUACUCCAUUCGGGACGGGAGCGGGCUCGGACGCUUCACCAUCGACGAGGAAACAGGGAUGAUCUACACCACAGACUCGCUGGACCGCGAGACGCAGGACUCCUAUUGGCUGACGGUGUAUGCGAGUGACCAUGGUGUGGUACCCCAGUCCUGCUCCCUGGAGGUGUGGGUGCAGGUGGAGGACGUGAACGACAACACUCCGCUAGCAUCUGAGCCGGUGUACCGGCCCGUGCUGGAGAACGCCCCCCGCGACACACCCGUGGUACAGGUGCAGGCCCAGGACCCCGACACAGCCCCCCCUGGAGGUGCCAUGAGCUACCGGAUCACCAGCGGGAACCCCCAGAACUUCUUCACCAUCAACACACGCACUG